GAAGUUUUCAGGCAAUCCAAGUGUUGUCGUGUGGUGGCAGAUUUUCUACGAGGAAGGAUUUACGGUUGGUUGAUUAAGUAGCGUGGGGUGUUUGGCAUUGUACGUCUGUGAGUGACUCCCCUGGUGUGUAUACAGCAUGCGGACAGCGCUUCUCCAUUGGCUGAUCAGCCUUUGAUGGGAGCAACAUUGAAUGUGCAAGCAAUGUGUCAUAGACUCAUUUCAAGUACGGCAAUGCUUAAACAGGCUUUGGUGAUCGUAGAGAGUGGAGAAAGGCUACUUGCCGGGUCUGGCAUAGAUACCUGAUUCAAGGAAGUGCAGGUUGGGGGCAAAGGAAGAAAACCAAGACCGGGUUUCAUCUGUUGCGAGAAAGUUUUACUUAAACUGCCAUGCCAAUAUUCCGCAGACGUAAAAAAGCUGCCGCAAAUAACAGCAACAACAACAACAACUCUGCUUGCAACAGUGAUGCUCUGAAGGACUGUAAUGGGCUGAAUGCUGCCCACAUGACCAGUUCCUCUUCUGACCAAAACAUUAAAGCUAUGCGCCCAAACAGUUUAGCGUCACUGGCUUGUUACGAAGGGCGGUCGCUGACUGCACCCUCCACACCGGACAUUGGCUCCAAGUCAUUUGAAGGCACACCCCCGUCCUUUGACAAUGUGACCACUCAGAUCCUCAUCUCCAGUGCCAAAACUGGACUCAAGAACUCAAGUCCAGUGAUGGCUGGCAGUAGAAAGACAUCUGUUAAGGAAAAUGCACCCAGUUGUAGCAAGUCCAGGAGUGAGAAAUUCCACAAACUGUUCAAGCGCGUUCCUGAAGACGAAACUCCUAUUGACUAUUAUUCCUGUGCCUUUCUGGGUGAUAUACUUUUACAUGGAAACCUUUAUGUCUCUCCCAACUGGAUUUGCUUCUACUCAAAAAUCAGGGCUCGUGGCCGACAAGUGGAGAUCCCCAUGGAGAAGGUGGUCAACAUCUCCCGUGAGAAGACCGCUCUUAUCAUUCCAAAUGCCAUUGGUAUUCAGACUGCAGAGGAAAAGUAUGUCUUUGGAUCGUUCAUGACACGGGACAGUACAUACAAAUUCCUCGUCAGUACCUGGAAGAAAUCUCAGGAUUCAACAGACUCAACCAAGGAUCAGAGUAUUUCCUCUCCGGAACCCUUCAAGGGGAAUCUCUCUGAAAUUUUUAGUCCCAGUGCCACGAGUUCACCGACGGAGAAUAACAAUGUGGUAAACUCUUCUGUGAUAGACACCCCGCAAAUUGCCAGUAGUGUGGCCAUGCAGAAUGGCCGCAGAGUGGGGCUUGACUCUUCAGACUCUGACCUCAGUAUGUGUCCUGAAUGUGGAUUGGCUGACGAGACUGAUUCCGACAGGGAUAAGAAACACUCAGCUCGUCAGAAUUCAGGUGACAAACCCUCAGUGGUGCAGAACAGCAGUGGACCCCAUGUGCAGUAUUUCACACAAUGUUUUCAAUUCAACAAAACGUACGACGCAAUAUGCCAUUUGUCAUUAAAACUUCAAAGAAUUCCUCGGACCAGUUUUCUCCUGGCAAUCUGUACUGUCAUGGUGUUGUUUUUGCUCAUCUCGGCUGUUGCCCUCACAUACAAACUGCUGCUACUUCAGGCAAAGUUAGAAUCCCGGCAUAUUUGGAACGAAGUGGUCAAGUUUGAGCACAGAGAGAAGAUGUACAGCGAUAUUCAUUCAUUUCAUACACAAGUCCAUACAGCUACCAUACAACAGCUCCACAGUGUCCUUCAGGCUAAUAUAGAGAUGCUGAAUGAGAUGCGUACCUCAUUAAAGAACUUACACACAAUUUACAGUCCAUCGCUGCACUGUAGAGCGGAUGGGGAGUCAGGGGCAGACGACUGCAGCUGACUUGUGAGGAUGACAACUCUCCUCCUGUAUAUAACAAGUGCUGUGAUUGGACCACUUUUUUACACAAAGGGGCCAUGUUUUGUCUUAAUUUUUUUUUUUUAGAUUUGAUAUAAUUAUAUUUAAUGAAAGGUAAUCAAGUUAAGUGUGCUGUCUAUGUGUAUUUAUUUGUCUGAAAGGAUAUUGAAGUGUAAAUUACACAAGCAGGAAAUUUUGUUGAUUUUUGUUAGAAAUUUUUUUCAAUGAAAAUUUGAAAGAGGAGAGCUCGUGUUCAGGGGAGGUAAAUUCUCAAGGAUGGUGUAUCCUGUUUAGUUUUAAUUAAGUUAUAAUACCUUACAUUUUACAGCAGUGGGUUAACCCCUGUUGUUUUUGACUUCAGGCCUUUCAUAUAGGCCCCCUAUAGUAAAUCUUGUGAUAAUUGAUGAUAGCUCAUGCCACAUCUUCAGGAAAACUGUAUUUCUAAUGUUUAUAAAUGUCUAUCUUGUUCAGGUUAACUACAAUGUCUUUUUCUGGAAGAGCAAAAUACUGGCACUUGUAUUUAUACAGCUGUAGUUGUAGCUAGGGUGCAGUUGUAAGUAUAACCGCCUGAUGGGUAAGGGAACUUUAUUAACGUGUUAGAAAUGUGAGUAGUGGUAAUAGAAUAUUGAUAAGUGGAUACACACAGCACAUCUGAUUACAGAGACUACCUUACAUAUCAGCCAGUUUAUUGGUACACCUGCUUUAUUCGGUCAUACUAGCCUACAUAGAUCUAUCCUGUAUAUCUUGUGCUUUAAUGUUAUAGACAAAAAGAUGCACCUGAUUUACAUAAAACAAGGAGGAUUUAGACAGAGGUAGAUUUAGGGGGAGCUGUGUGCCACAGGUACAUGUACAAGCUACACAUUUUGUGAGUCUAGCAGUCCCUUAGCAUUUAACCACAAUACUAGAGGUUAAUACCCAGUGUGAUAAGAUCUGUCAUUGUUUCUUCAGUCUGCAUGCAGAAUUGGGAAAAUGGAAAACGUCUAAAAGAAACGUGUGUAGACGUACGUGUCUUGACAAUUUCAAGACUUCCCAGACUACAUGUAGCUAUGCUUCUGUCUUUACAUGGACGUAGUCAGCAAACAUGUGGAUAUUUCUUGUUUAGUGGAGUGUGUUGUGAUAGGCACACUGUAUCUGCAUGCCAGCUGAAAGAGCUGCAAGGACACAGUUAGUUUGUUUUCUUUGACUUCUGCAGAAGGCAAAUCUCACACUUCAUUGCCUUUUCAUCAAGAAUUCAGUGAAUAUAGUUUGGGCAAGAUAGCGACGGCAAAGAAUAUUUCACAUUUUUUUGCACUGCAGAUUAGACAUAUCUACUUCAGACAUAUUUAACCCAUAAUCCAUUAUUUAAUAAAUCGGUCAAUCAUUGUAUCAUUAAAGAUUUUCUGUGCCAGCUCACAGGCUCCCUAUGCAUCAAUCAUGGCACACACUGGUGCAGACAUGUGCUCCUUCAUCUUGU